AUGCGUCCGACCACACGCUCACAAGCCGGUGCACCUGCUCCCGGGCCAGUCGAAGACGUUCCGGUGCAAGGCGCGAUCAACAAUAUCGAGCAGGUAUUUGAAGUAGAAAGCAUGAAGGAGAAGAAGCCACGCUUCCGCAUUACGCAGCAACAGCUGGAGCGCCUGGAAGCGUUGUACAAGCAGAACACGCACCCGAGCAGGCAAAUCAAGCAAUCGCUCGCCAACGAUGUUGGGCUGCCAUUGAAGAACAUCACCAUCUGGUUCCAGAACAAACGGCAGACUAUUCGUAGGAGGAGCGCGAGGUUUGCUGAGAAUGUGGAGCCAGAACGCGCGCCGGGCCCUUCAUCCAACGACUGUGGUCCCUCAACAAGGAUUCUAUUGGGUCUGACUCCAGAGCCCGCUAUUCCAGCAAAGGACUCGCCAUCUGCUACCAAGGAACGUCCCAUCAAGGAGCGUGCCGCCACGCCCACGCCCACGCCCAUCUCUGCAGCGACCUACGCCGCGCCUGGUCCACGCCUGGGGCAGGUGUACAUGCAGGACCUCUGGGCUUAUUUGCCCUCGUCUCCACCCACUCCUACUUUGUACACUCUUCGAUGGACUCCGCUAGUCCCUCUAUGCGACUCCUGGAAGACGACGUCUUCGGUCCGGUUAUCGCCAGCUACCAAGGUCCGGAAGACACUGGCAAGAGAGAACCCGACUUGGAAUGGGCCUGCGCUCGCGCGGAGAAGCGGCCUCGGAUCCGUAUCAGUGCUUGCAGGAGCCGGUGGUCGCCAGACACGUCCUCUGACCUAA